AUCGAAUACUGCGUGCAAAAUAAUAGUUCGGUUCAAGUUGAAAAGUCAAACACGGAAAAUAAGGUGAACCAUACUUUUAGGGUCAAUUCGGCGCCAGUCCAACUUGUGAUCCUCUGAACUCUUCAGGGAAGCAGCCAAGUCAAACCUUUUAUCGAUCAGAAAGAAUCAGCAUUCGAAACUCUACAAAACCUGCUAUAUAUUAGAUCGAUAUGAAAUAGCCAUGUAAAAACCUGGACAAGUACCAUGGAAGUGCCCCUUACAAACAAUACUACGCCAUAACUAUCCAUGUCCACAGACUGAUUUACUUUGAUAGGUUGUCUUGUGCUCGUACAGAGAGAUAUUUGUGUUGUUUUGCAUUUGACAGAAUGUAUAGUUAACAUCAAGUGUUUUUGUCGUAUUUUUGUUUGAUUAUAUGGUCACCUGGUCUUCUUUAGAGUGACAAUUCUUUCAAUCAUUCAAUUCAAGAGUCUAGUGAAUCGCAGAUGAAUGUUAGUUGUUCUAUAUGGCGGCCUGUCCGCAGAUAACGCGAUGACACAUUUUCAGCGUCAAUGUUUACACUUAUGGGCAGGAAAAUGGAUCAGAAUGCUGAAAGAUUUCUAGACUAAAGUUAGCUUCUAACAUAAUUUUUCAGACAUCCACCUAAAAUCUCUCAUACUUAUAACUUGUUCUUCUGUUUUCAGCACUUCUGUCAUACUAAGGCUGAGAGAUAUAGCAUACUCUGAAAGUUUCAAGCAAUACAGUGUGCUCUUGAGCGAAUUAUGAAUGUUUGAUUCAACAUUGUGUACCGACAAAAACGGUUUUUUACCUUAAAACCAUCUCUGCAAAUUAUUUUUUUCAUCUUUAUUUUGCAAAAAAUAUUUUCACUAGUUACGUAAUGGCUAAAUGGCUCUGAUUUUCUCUAAAUGCGAUAUUGAUGAGAAUGUCCAUUAGAUAGGUUUUUAGCUAUAACGUAGGACUUUUGAAGCAUCAGAUGGAAAUUUUAAUCGAGGAUCUGGGUUGUUUAUCUACAGAUCUACAGUUAUGGUAACGCGAUGACAUCCUUUCAAUGCAUUCGAUAAGUUGCACACUGCAAAUAAAAGUUAUCUAAAGGAUAAAUCUAGCUCAUUUAUACUUGAAUUUUUGAUGUGUGAAACAAACUAGAGUGAGUGUGUCAUCGGUACAAAUUUACAGAUGGCUGCAAAUAAAAGUUUGAUGAUGCACGGGAUACCGUUAGCCAGACAAGCCGAUGGACAUUUCCUGAUAAGCUCAGAAAAUGAAAUGACUAGGAUGGAAAUAUAGAUAGAAUUACGUACUAUUGAAUAAAAAUUGCCAUAUUUUUCAAAAUGUUGCAUUUCUAUUUCUGUCGAUCAUUCAACGAUGGACUCUAAUUACGUUAAAAGCACAGCUAUUUAGCUGUAAAAGUGUAUUUUCUUUAAUUAAUCAGCAACAGAAUGGUAAUUUUUAGUUAUAGGCAGUAAUUUUGUAAUGAGUAAUAAUCAAAGACUGAAGUUUUCUAUUAAACUUUAGGCAAAGCGAGUUUUGCACAAGAGAGAAUUUGGUUAGAUGAACAAAUACGAUUUAAUCAACAACAAGAACAAAAAAAUUCUUGUGCAAUUUAUAAUAUUCCAUUAGUAGUAAAAGUAAUGAAUGGUACAAUAUUUAUAAAUAGAUUACGUCAAGCACUUCAUGCAAUAAUCAAAAAAAAUUUGAUAUUCAGAACUUAUUAUAAUUUGGAUGGAGAAUGUUUAAAACAGUUUAUAAAACCAAUAUCGGAUGAUGAACAGCAGUAUUAUUCAUUUAAUAUAAGUACCAUUUCAACCAAACAAGAAUUGCGGACAAUAUUAUUUGAAGAAGAAACAAAUCAACAAUAUUUUUGUUUACAUAAGGGCAUCGUAUUUCGAUGUCAUUUAAUUCAUUUUAAUAAAUCGAACGCUAAUCAAGAUGUAUUAAUAAAUGAUGAUGUAAUUUUGUUUAAUUUUCAUCAUAUUGCAUUCGACGGUAGUUCUUUUCAGUUAUUUUUUACAGACUUGAAAGAAGCUUAUAAAAGUAAUCAACUUAAUUUUAAUGAAUAUAAUUUGAAUUACAUUGAUUAUUCUUUACAUGAACAAAAUAUGAAUAUGAGUGAAGCUCAAGAAUAUUGGAAAGAAGUAUUAAAAGGAUACGAAGUAGACAAACAAUUAUCAUUACCCUAUGAUUAUCAAUUAUCGUCGACACAACAACGAAGUGGUAAAGGUUCUUCCAUAAUAUUUCAGCUAGAAAAAAGUCUAAUUGACAAAAUGUUAGAAUAUGCCCAACAAUCACAAGUGACAAUGUUUCAGCUAUGCUUAUUAUGUUAUUAUAUAUUUUUAUAUAAAUUAACAGGUGGUGAGAAAGAUUUAUGUAUUGGAAGUAUGAAUGAAAAUCGUUAUCGUCAAGAAUUACAUAAUAUAAUUGGAAUACAUAUUAGAAUAUUCCUAUUUUCCAUAUCAACAAAUUAUUCAAUUACAUCGAACAAAACAUUACAAUCAUUACUCCCAUUUAUUCAAACCAUAUUUCAAUUUGAAUCAUCAAGUCAAUUGAGUAAUGACAUCGGUUUAGAUGAAAAUAUUCUAUGUCAACUAGUAGAUGAUAAUAAUAAUACGGUAGCUAAAUUUGAUUUAUCGUUACUGAUGAAAUAUGAUACUAUUGAUAAAUCGUUAAUCUGUUCAUUAGAAUAUACGUAUGAUCUAUUUAAAACGGCAACAGCCCAAACAAUUUGUGAAAGAUUUCAAAUUUUAUUACAACAAUUAUUUAAUAACUCAUCAUUUGAUCUUGAAAAUCAACUGAUUUAUGAAUUAUCUAUUUUAUUACCACAAGAAAUUAAACUAUUACAAGAUAUAAAUAAUACUACCCAUAUUGAUUUUAAUGAUACUAAAAUAAAAUGUAUUCAUCACGAAUUUUUCCAACAAUCAAUAAGAUAUUCACAAAAACUAGCUAUUAUAUUAGAUGAUCAAUCAUUGACAUAUGAAGAAGUUUUAUAUUAUGUACAAAAAUUAUCCUGGUAUUUGAUUAAUGUAUGCAGCGUUCAAAAUGGUGACAUUAUUUGUGUUUGUGUACAAAGAAGUAUUGAAUUUGUUAUCGGAAUUCUAGCCAUAUUAACAUGUGGUUGUUCAUAUUGUCCAUUGAACAUAAACGAUCCAGUUAGUCGUUUGAAUAUAUUAAUUAAAGAAACCCGAACACAUUGUGUACUCUUACAUUCAAGAACGGAAAAUAAACUAUUAGACUGUAUUACUGAUAAUGACGAUGUUAAAUUUGUUAAUAUAGAACAGGUUAUUUAUUCUAGUGAAUCAUGUCAUUCUAGCAAAGAGUUAAAUAUCUUUUCAAGCAAACAAGUAACAACAGAUGAUAUUGCAUAUGUUAUAUUUACAUCGGGUUCAACUGGUAAACCAAAGGCUGUUCAAAUUCGUCAUAGAAAUUUUAUUUCUUAUAUGCGAUCAUUAAAACAAUUAAAAUUAAUAACUGAAAAUGAUACUGUCAUACAACUGGCACAAUGUUCUUUUGAUGUUCAUUUAGAAGAAGUUGUAGGAUCAUUAAUUCUGGGUGCAACUGUGAUCAUGUUACAAUCUAAUAAAAAUAUGGACAUUGAUUAUUUACUAAAUAUUAUUAGGUAUCAAAAAGCAACAUACAUAAGUCUUACACCAACAUUCAUCAUUAUUCUAUGUGAUUUUCUGCAAGAAACUAAGAAGUAUAAUUCUAUUCAAUCACUGUGA